AUGAACAAUUCAACAUGUUUCCUUCAGCCAUCUUUAGCUACCACUGUAGCUCUACCUGUCAUCUACUCCUGCCUAUUCCCUGCUGGAAGCUUUGGAAACAUUCUCGCAGCCUGGAUAUUUUCAAGGAAAGCGCCCACGAGGAGAACACAAUACAUUUACCUGGCAAACCUGGUGACUGCAAAUCUGUGUGUGUGCAGCACAAUGCCCUUCCUGGCUGCCUACUUUGCAGGGGGGAAGCGCUGGAGCCACGAGUCCGUGGAGUGCAGGAUAGCACAUCGCCUCGGGACGCUGGUCAUGCACGUCUGCAUGUACGUGACCAUCGUCAUCCUGUGCUCCAUUGCUCUGAGCCAGCAUGCAACGCUGAAGAAGAGCAGUGACACACAGUACUCCCAGGCAGUGAGUGAAAACUUCUCCAGACGUUUGCUCCAAGCGUUCCGUAAGCCAAAAUUCGCCAAGUGUUUGUGCGUCGCUAUAUGGCUCACUGUGCUCUGCAUAACAGUAACAGCUAUAACAUACGAUGUCCAGGCAAGCGGCUCCAAAGACUUUCCCAGCUGCUACAACAUCCAGGUAGAAGCUGGUGAAUUUACUGCAAUGAUUGCAGGUUCUUUUGCCACUGCGUGUUUUUUUGUGUCUUUUAUGACAGUUUUGUGGUCAUACUAUUCUCUUACCAGGCAUCUGAAUGACAUACAAAGAAAUACCUGUAUCGGGGAAAAACAUCUAAUUUACAGUAAAGUGAAGAGAAACAUUCUUGUCAUCCAGAUGAUAUUAACUGUCUGCUUUCUUCCAUAUCAUAUUUUUAGGCCCAUUUUUUACAUACUGCUUAGACAUAAUGACUGCCCAAGGUUAAACUAUUUAGUGGAAAUUAAAAAUUUCCUUACUUGUCUUGCUGCUGCUAAAAGCAGUUUAGAUCCAGUUAUAACCCUUCUGUUAGAUAAAACAUUUAAGAAAAGUCUUUAUGACCUGUUUACAAAAUCCACACCAGAACACCAAAAACGCGACAUUGAUAUUUCCACUGAAAUGGGAAGGAAUAUGGAAAGAUUUUAG